AUGUCCGCCCCGCUGUCGAGCGCUCAGGCCCAUGCGGGCAAUUUGUUCGCACCACCGGGCGCCGAGGAGAACGGCAUAGUGGCUGAAUCUGAACAAGCACAUCUCGAAGGUCAGCAACACGUCGAGCACGAGCAAGAAGGCAUACCUCACGAUGCGAACGCCGAGCAAAUGGAGGUGAACGGCGUGUCCUACGAUCCGGACGGCCUGGAAGCAGGCCCACAGGACGAGACAGCAUACUACAACGACGGUUCGACAGAGCGACCUUCCGAAGAGCACAUCGCUGGCGUGGAAACCGAAAACGCUGUGGACCAUCCAAAGGCUCAUGAGACUGCUGAUUUUUCCUUCGUGCAUGGCGAGGAUCAGUCGAUGGACGAUGCCGCUGAAGCUGGAGCUGCUGUAGAGCAUGUUCCCUCUCACACGGACCAGGAAGCUGAUGCGGCUGCCACUGCUGCUGCCGCCGCCGCUGCUGCGAUGGCUGCUAUGGAAAGGUCACUUCAAGACUCCUCAGCUGGUGGCGCGGGAUCAAGUGCCGACGCAAAACCCACUCCACGCAAGGCGAAGCGGGCUCGACCAUCUGGCAAAAUCACUCGGCAUAGACCGAUCACUUCCUGUUUGGAAUGUCGAGCCCGGAAGCAAAAAUGCGAUCGUCAGCGGCCUCGUUGUGGUGGCUGUCCGGAGGGGACGUCAUGCACCUAUGUAGGCGAUUCUCAGGGCGAGGCGGCUGCAACAGCAGCUAGCCCUGCUUCAAAGUUACGAGUCGAGGAGAUCAGAAGGCGCGAAGAGGAAGCUGAGAUGCAGAAGAGGCAGAACACCAAGUGAGUAGCGAGGCCGAAAUUCGUGUGCACCCCGUUCUGACCUCGACUUCCCGAUCUCCAGGCGGCCAAGGAACAGCAGAAAAUCUGGGCACGGGGAAGAGGAAGAGACGGCGCUCUCAUCUCUUGCUAACGUAACAACGGCCUCCACUAGUCGCCAAGGCCUGAUCGCUCGGACCUCUGCUUUGGGAAGGCGGAAAUCACUCGACUUCGAUGUCCGCGUCAGAGCCUCGCGUUCAGCAGCGGUGGCAGGGGUGCUGUUCUCGUGUCUGCCAAAUGCAGCGCCGAGCGGUCUCAAUACUUCUACUCUUCGCCUGCCUCGACCAGAAGCCGCUGGGCCUUUCCUAGAUGCGUACCGGGCCAACGUUGAGCCUCUGUGCAAUGCAGUCAUCGUCGACCUCAACCGACCUCGAAUUGUGGCGUUCCUGAGAUGGUGGCACUCGGACCCCGACAGUCUACCUGCCGACCCACCCUUGGUGCCUUUGGUUUUGGUGCUGCUGGCACUAGCUUCCCAGGCUCGUCGAACCACCGGCGCAGCGGGCUCUUUCGACGAAGGGCUGGAAGAUUGCGACAGUGAAGCCAAACUCUUGGAAGUCGCAGGCAAAUGUAUCGAUGCGCUUCAGAUUGGCUGUCCCAGCAACUGGUCUAGCGCGUUCUCUGCGCCCUUGGAUUUGGUCAGGGCCAGCAUGCUUCGCGGGCUGUAUCAUUUGGCCGAGCUCCAUCUUCAGUUCGCCUCUUCUUGCUUCGCCAUGACCGUCCGAUUCGCUCAUGCCGCUGGUCUUCAUAGAGACGCCAAACACUGGAAAACGAUGGGUAAAGAAGAGUCGCAGGCGAGGAGAAAUAUGUGGUACUCAUGCGUCAUGCUGGAAGUGCUAAGUAGUCAUCGUCUCAACAUGCCAUGCACGAUCACAGCCGACAGUUUUGACACCGAGCUACCCCUUGAUCACGGGGGAUUAUGGAACCUAUACGCUCGCGCUGAGAAGCUGCAAGCAUCUGCCUCUCAGCAUUCUAAUGGCGCUGGUGCGAAUAGUGUAAGCCUACUAAGGCCUUCUCGUACCAAUUUUGACUUUCAUGCGGCCCGGUACGACCUUGUGCGUCUCUUGGUGAUACACGGCGCUCAUCCUUCGCGUGCUGAAAGCUCGGAUACUACAGCAUCAAAAAUCGCCGGAGUACUUCAAGAGUGGAGAACUCGCUUGCCACCUACAGUAGAGCAAUUCUUGCAUCAAGAUGACAGUGGGCCGCUGGCCGGAGCGGGUAGCGCGGAAGCGCUCGAUGCUGCCGAGCAGGAUGGAGGCGAGACCGAUCACGUCAGCGCGGCAAAUCUCGUCGAGAGAAAGCAUACUGCUUACUUUCAGCGCGUGAUGCUCCGGCUCACCCGAUUGCAGACAACGAUGGCCAUUCAUCGACCUCAAUUUGACGCAGCCGGAUCUUGGACCACACCCGGCGAUGCACAAAAUGCUUUGUCCCAAUGCCUCGAUGCUGCGUGAGUGGUAGCGCACGCGAUUCAGCAAGACAUUCACUUACCAGCCUUGUUUCCCGCAGUCAACGCAUCGUGUAUCUUGUGUGGACCUUCUGCUUGGGAGACCCAACACCACCCUUCGUCUUCUACCACGCGGCCUCCCAUCCGCUGUUCCAAGCUGCUGUUGUCCUCAGCGUACAGAGCGCUCUCUGUGCUGACUCGGACCCCGACGCCGCAGCCUUCCGCAACUUGACUCGGCCAAUCAUCGACCGGGCUGUGGAGGCUUUUGACUCCCUGUCGUCCCGUCCCGGAUUACGCAAUGUCGCUGAGCAGGCAGCCCGCUACGCUUCGACUCUGCGCGAGAUGGAUGCGCUUCAACUUCAGCAUCAAGCCGCUAUCGCGUCAGCAGAGCCGGGAGCCAAGCUUGAAGCACCGCUAGCCAACGGUGCGUCAAAGCGGGCGGCCAUGGGUGCAUUGUCGUCACCGGGCAUUGUGGUUGAGGGUAAUAGCACGGGUCAAGGCUAUCCCGAGCCGAGCGCUAGUGCGACUGGCUACGCGCCACUAUCCAAUCCGUCGCAAGCUCAUUCGGUCGACCCUCUAGCAUCCGCCAACUCGUAUCCGGAAGGUAGCGCCGAAGCCGCGCAAGCCAGUCAGGCGGCCCUCGAAGCUGCCUUAUUCGAUGACCAAUGGUGGCAGUCAUUUGAGACCAGUCAUACUGCUCAGCCAGGAGUUAAUCAAUCUUCGUCAUCUUACGCCUUCCCCACGAAUGGCGGCGGUCGCGACGCUUCCUCUGGCCAUCAGCAGUCAGGACAUCAGCAACAGCAGCAGCAGGCUACUGGGCUUGAACUCCUGGCAAGUCAGGUGGAAAGCUCACCUCGGGCUCCCCACGUUGCACCAUGGGAUCCCGAGGCUGGCGUCUCAGCUGCGAGUGCCGAGCAGCCCACCGACGCGACUAUUCACCCAGAGCAGUGGCAGCAAGGUAGCGAUAGUGCAGCGGGCUCGCAACUCUCUGGCUGGCAAAACACUUCUGGCUUGCUAGAAGGCAAUCCUGCUCCAGCGCCCAAUCUUGCAGUCGGAAGCUCGUUGAGGGACUGGCAGGCCUCCUGGCGCUCGCUCGAAGCUCUCGUGGAACAGAUUCUUGCUGCAAACUAG